GCCGCGCCCCCUGGUGGAAGGAGACCAUCUGAGUGGGAGAUAUGAUAAAUAUAAGUAAAUGAAAGAGCGCAAAAUCAAGUGCUUCAAUUUCUUUUGUCUGUACAAUCUUAAUUGGAUUCUCUAAUUACCCUAAAUUUUAGCAGACAGACCGUGUAUAAUAAAUGGUAUUAAUUCAAUUUUGUAAGAUAUCUAUCUUCCAUCUAAAGCAUAAGAGUUUCAGGAUCCCUACUGCCUGCUAGCUAUAAUACAGUGCUGUUAUGUUGUGCAGUUCUGUGAAUAUGAAUUUUUACUUCGGUGUAGUAUGGAUUCUUCUUAUUUCACUAAAUCUGGGAACUUGCAUGUAUUAUGCAGAUUAUGAUGAUGAUUAUUAUAACGAACACAGGGCACUAGAUCUAUUCAAAACAAUGCAAAGGCGAAAUUAUUACCAGCUACGACAACCUACGUGCAAUGGAUGGAACAAUCGUUGUUUACCUUGGUCAUCGCAGAUCCAACAUAGUUGCUGUAGUGGACUUUCUUGCAAGUGUAAUUUGUGGGGACAGAACUGCAGGUGCACGACUAAGCUGUGGGGUCGCUGACCGACAAAGCCUUGACACAUUAUCAUGUCUGACAAAUAUGUUGAUGAAAUUACGGUUAAAAUGGAGUUCAUUUCAGAAUCCUUCAUGCUCAAAAAUAAAUAUAUUACCUUAUA